AUGAAGACUUACGUCGCUCUUGCCCUUGCGGCACCAGCUUUGGUUUCUGCCCAGCAGGCUAUGUGGGGACAGUGCGGUGGUAUCGGCUGGACAGGUCCUACCAACUGUGCUGCUCCGGCUGCUUGCUCGACCCUUAACCCGUACUACGCUCAGUGCUUGUCUGCUGUUGGACAGCAAACUACUACCGCUAGCACUACCCGCUCGACAACCGCCCAAACCACCCCAGCUACUACUCCAGCUACCACCACUGUGGCUACCACCAUGCGCACAACCACAACCACUUCUUCCGGCCCAGUUGGCACUGGUCUUGACAAUUUGAUCAAGGCCAAGGGCAAGAAGUACGUCGGUUUCUGCGCCGACCCUGGUACUCUCAGCAACUCUCAGAAUGCUGCUAUCCUCAGAACCGAGUCUGGUCAGCUCACUGGUGAGAACUCCAUGAAGUGGGAGUCUCUCUCCCCCAACAGCCAGGGUUCUUACAACUGGGGUAAUGCCGAUCAGCUCGUUGCCUUCGCUGAGAACAACGGCAAGAUGCUCCGUGGACACACCUUUGUCUGGCAUCAACAGAUUCCUAACUGGCUUAAGAACAUCAACAACAAGGCCACCCUCACCUCGGCCAUCCAGACACACAUUGCCGCCGUUAUGGGCAGGUACAAGGGCAAGAUCUAUGCUUGGGAUGUUGCCAACGAAGUCUUCGAAGAUAACGGAUCUAUGCGUGACUCCGUUUUCUCCCGAGUCUUCGGUGACUGGACCUUCCUUGACGUUGCUUUCAAUGCUGCCCGCGCCGCUGAUCCAAAUGCCAAGCUCUGCUUGAACGAUUACAAUCUCGACUACUCCAGCGCUAAGCUCACCAACUUCGUUGCUUUGGUCAAGACCCUCAAGAACCGUGGUGUCCCAGUCGACUGCGUCGGCUCUCAAUCCCACUUGGUUGUCGGAAACGGUGCCAUCCCAUCUUACAAGAGUACUCUUGACAGCUUGGCCAGCACCAAUACCGAGGUUCAAAUCACUGAGCUCGAUAUCCGUACCACCGCUUCCCCAAGCAGCUCCCAGAUCUCCCAACAGGUUACUGACUACAGGACCGUCGUCUCUGCCUGCAUGAAGACCGCCGCCUGCUCCGGUAUCACCGUUUGGGGUGUCUCCGACAAGGACUCCUGGGUACCAAGCACCUUCAGCGGUCAAGGCUACGCUCUCAUCUGGGACAACAACUUCAACAAGAAGUCCUGCUACCAGGGUUUCGUUGACGGUAUCAACUCUUAA